AUGACGACUACAACAAAUAUUUCAUCGGAUUCCUUUAGUUAUGCAUCACCAAAAACAUUAGUACCACAAACAACAUGUAAUAUAUGUAAACGUCUUCUAUAUUCAUUUGAAGAAAUCCUUGUUUGUCGUGUUUGUCAUGAUUUAUAUCAUUGGCGUUGUGUGAAACCUGAAACGAUUUCUUACUAUGGCGAAAAUGAAAAUUAUAUUUGUGAUAAAUGUAUGGACGGUACAACCACGACUAAUUCAUCUCAUCGAAUCACCAAUGGUGGUAUUAAAAUUAAAUCACCUGAUUCUAUUGUUACCGAUUAUCGAGAUUUUGCUAGUAUACCAUCAAAAAUUAAUACAACAGAAACCAAUGUUCAUAAUACUAUACGAUAUUUUGAAGAAAAACAACAACAAUCUCAAAUAAAUAAAACAACAAAAGUAUCUGAACUAGAUGGCUAUCUUCCAUCACAAACUAAUGAAAGAGAAUAUCAUCAGCGUAAUGGUCAAUACAAUGAUGGUAGUCGAACAACUAGGCGAAUUCAACAACAAAAGCAAAAUGGAAUAGAAAGUGACAACGAAAACGAUACAUCAGAAAUGUUUCAAGCUAAUUACCAAUACACUCCUCUUAAGGAAUAUGCUGCAAUGAGAAGUAGUCAAACAACAAAUGAUAAAAAUACAAAUGGUUAUCGAAAUUCCCCUUUAAACAAAGACAGAUUUCAAACAACAUCUCGUUAUGGUGGUGGUUUGCGUUAUUCGAAUCAUGGUUAUGAUCCAAUAGUUUCACGUCUUGUUGAAGCUCCCUUAAGUGAUUCGAUGCAUUUUACAAGCCCAACACUUGAUAAUUUAUCAGCUCAUAAUUGUCAACAACAUUUUAUUAGUACAACUAAUUUAAAUAUUACUGAAAAAGAAUUUCGUCGCCAACAGCAACAGCAACAACAACAAAAACACCAGGAACAAAGCUCUCUUCUUAAUGCAGCUCCAUAUGUAUCUCGAAUUCGUGAUGAUGAUUUAUCAGUAUAUAAAUCUCCAACUCAAGAACAACAACAAGAUUAUUAUUCAACAGUUGGUAGUGAUUCAGGUAUUGUUAUGGCUCAUUCAAAUUAUCAACAACAAUCAGAUGAGAAUCAAUUGGUUGAAAGAAAAUUAACAACUUUAGUUCAACAAUUAGGAAAACAACUAGAAAACGAUGCACAAAAAAUCAAUGAAAAAUUAGAAUUAAAAUUAAAAAAAUUAGAAGAUAUGAUAAAUCAACAAACAUAUAUUAUUCGACAACAAGAUGAAGUUAUCGAACGUUUAAAAAGUAAAAUACUUAAAAUUGAAACAGAACGUGAUCAUUUUCGUGAUCGUUUAUAUGUACAUGAACAACGUGAACAAGAUGAAAAGAAAAAUUUAACAACGAAUGAAAAAAAUAACUUAUAUGAUCAACAUGAUAAUAAUGAACAAGAUAAUCAAUCAAAUAGAAAAUUGUCAGAUGCAUCAACAACUCUUACAGACAAUAUGAAAUCAUCAACGAAAAAGACUGCUGCACCACGUGCUGGUCAUCAAUGGUCAACAACCAACAAGGAGAAUGAACCUACAAGAGCUAAACCUAUGAAAGAUAUUUCAAACAAGCGAAGUCGUGUUGCAUCUGAAUCUUCAUCAGUUCCAUCAGGUCCUUCAACAGAAACACCAGCUGCAUCAAGUCGUCUUGAUAAUAUAAUUCAUCAAUCAAAUGGAGGAGAUCUUACACAUCGAUCAUCAUCAAGCUAUAGUUUAGCUCAAGUUCGUCAUCAAAAUCGAAAACAAAAUCUUGAACCUAUUUCAAUGGAACAACAACAAGUUGUAUCAAGUGUUCAUAGUGAUAAUAAAACAGAUACUAUAAUACAAAAACAAUCAAAUUCAACAUCAUCAUCAAAUUCAUCAAGUCCCAGAAAUCAACCUUUUAGAAAAACUAAUCUUACACCAACAAAUAAUGCAACAAAAACAAAUGAAAAUUCUAAUAUACAUCGAAGUUUCGAAUCAUUACAAAAUAUAAAUAAAAAUAAUCAAAGUUUAAGAUCAGCAAAUAGAACAUCUUCACUUGAAUUCGGUGCAAGACCGGUGCAAUAUGAUGAUCCAGGAUCGAUUUAUAUGACACCUGUUGAAGGAAAUCAAUCAGCUACCCAAAUGAAUGGUCUUGUUAAAGGAUGGCUUCGAAAACAAAAUCGAGAUUCAUUUUUAAAACGAAUUGAACGUUAUUAUUGUGUUUUAACAGAAGAUGCACUGUUAAUAUAUCGACAUGAAAAUGAUAGAAUGCCACAUAAAGCAAUAGGUCUUAAAGAUGCAAAAGUAUAUCUUUAUGAUGAUUCUAAACAUGGUCCAUCACUUGAAUUAACUUGGACAACUCGAUCAAAUGAUAUGAAACACUAUCACUUAUAUGCAUCUAAUUCACAGGAAGCUGAUCAAUGGGUAACUGGUAUUCAAACAGUAAUAGAAAAUACACAGAAAAAUAAUCAUUGGCGUCCAUAUCGUCUAAGUACAUAA